AUGGGAAGCGUUAGAUUUGCACAUCUCAAUGUAAUACCUCAUACUUUGACAUGGUGGCUAAUGAAGUUUAUCGGAUGCCAAAUGAGGUUAAUUAUAAUGUUUAAAGGAAGAAAAGCUUGGUUUUGUAAUUCUAGCAAGCUAAGUGAAAUUGCAUUCUCGUUGCGGCGAGAAAUUCUCGAGUGCUGGGGGCUUGCAACAACCUUGGAGUUCGCUGCAGCGAGAAUUCAUUCUCGCUGCAGUGAGUUGCUCACGGUGGUUUUCACUGUAGCGAGAAUGAAUCUCACUGCAAUGAGAAACUCUCGGGUUUGGCUUAGAAACCUGUGCUCUGAAUUUCGCUACAGCAAGAAUGCCUCUUCGCUGCAACGAGAAUCUUUUGAUUCGGAGGCAGUUGGGACCUAAAUUGAGUUUCCACGUAUUCUCGUAUUUUUGGUAGGUACUAUAGCAUCUCAGUAGCGGUACCUUCACUUAAAGUCACUUCACUGACGGUUGAGAGUCUUUUGUCUGUGUACACGUAUAUGUAAUGUAAACUACUAGGAGUCAUGUUAUAAAUGAAGUAUGUAUAUGUUGGAUUGAUGAUGAUGCCCUUAUGAGACGAUAAUGAAUGACAGUAGUUUGAGAUAAUAUAAAUAUGAAUAUUCGAUUGCUAUAAA